GAAUUUUUUUUCUCCAGUGUACAAAUGCAGCUGCAAGGAAAUAUGACUCUUAACAUUUCUACUUUUUUCAAUUGCUAUUUAAAUGACCUUUAUUUGUCAAGGCUGUAGAGUGGAGAGAUUGAAAAGCUUUUAAUGGACUCGCAUAAUAUGAUUAUUUAUUUAAUGCUGUAUCACAGCACAGUGUUAACUGUACAUGGAAUUCAUACUGUUCCUGAGGUUGUUGGGUACCAAGGUCAUGAUGUCACUCUGCCAUGCAGCUAUAAUGCAAACCCAGAAGAUAAACUAUCACAAGUUGAGUGGAACUUGAUCAAUCAUUCCAGUGAAAACACAUCUCUGAAAAUUAUCAUCUUUAGUCCAAAACUUGGCAUCCAUAUCCAUGAAACAUUCCUGAAAGACAGAGUCAGCUUCAGUAAAAACUCCUCUCUGAUCUCCUUUCUGGCUUCCAUCAUCAUCAAAGAUGUGAAAAAGUCUGAUCAGGGAGUUUAUAGCUGUGAAUAUACAGUCUUCCCUAGUGGGAGUUAUAAAGGAGAAACCACUCUUAAAGUCAUAGAAGGUAAGCCUCCUGUGCUGUCUACCUCUGAGGUUGCUGUGAUUUUGACUGUUGUAAUGCUAGUCAUUAUGAUUCUAGCUUUUGUGGGAUAUUUAUUCCUGAUCAAGAGACGAAGAGCUGUCAAUGCCGGCUAUAGUACCAGUUCCGCUUAUUAUGUGACUCAGAGGCCUGAUGUUCCACAACAGGAUGUCACAUACGCUGAUGUCACAAUACUCAAACCAGGCAGAGUCAAUAAAAACUUGUCAAAGGCUGAUGUGGAAUAUGCAGCAGUUUUCUCCAGUCGUUCUGGAUCAUCAUCUCUGCGAGGCUCAGCAAAUCAACAGGCUUUUGGUGACCACACAGCAGAGCAGGAAUCUGUGUAUGCACAGGUGAAAAGAGACUGAUGUUCAUUACAAAUUUCAGAUAAUUUGUUUUGUGUUUCUAAUGAUUAGCCUGCCAAAAUGACCCAAUAGCUACACUCAGUGUUUGGGAAUAAAGCUUGUUUGUCCUCUUAACAGUAGACUUGAGGUUUUCGCAAUGAUGACUUCAGCAACACAUCUCUGUGUUUGCUAUGUAAUCCUCUUGACAAUUUUCUUGUUAUAGAAACAAGAGAGCAAGAAAGAAAUCUAUUGAUUACAAUACAUAGGAGUUGAAUAGUGAACACUCAUUCCUUAGUAUUCUUUUUUCUUUUUUCUGUGCUUGCUUCUUCAAACUAAACUUUGAUUUUAAUUUUGAGUGUCAAAAUUUUCUGUAGAAAAUUGAAAAAUUAUUCUGUUCACAGCUUAUUGGUUUUUAGUACAAAAAUAAAAUAAAAAUAAAAAUAUGUGUGUGUGGAAGAA